UUAAAUUUUCUUGAAAGAACAUGCUGCGCUCAAGAAUCCAGCUGUAAGUUUUGUCAAAUUAGAUCCAGCAACAAAAAUCUUCAAAAUACCAUUUUUUUAGUCUAGUAUAUUCGACUUGUCUCUAACUUCACAUGUUCCUGCAAUAUAUUUUGUUUAAUAAAAAAGCCCACAUUAAACAAUAAAUCAGAUCACGUAUAUCAUUACCAUACCUUAUUACCUAUCUUUACCAUAGAAAGCACAAAUCAAUCUAAGAAGAAAUUAUUUUGUUCUAAAGCUCAUAGAAAAUGGACUCAAAAAAGGUGACGAUUUUGGUAGUUUUGGCUGUGAUGUUGGUGUCAUGGACAUCACCUACACAAGCUCAAACACCACCAGAUAUGUCCUGCAUACAGGCCUUGAUGCCCUGCGCGCAAUUCAUCAACGCCACAACUCCACCAGCAACAUGCUGCGAGCCUCUCAAGCUAGCGUUUGACACCCAGUUGGCGUGCCUUUGUUCCACUCUCCAAAACCCUAGCCUCGCCGCGGCUGCUAAUGUCAACAUGACUGAAGCUAUGGAGCUCCCAAUCAAAUGUGGGAUCAACGCAAAUGCUAACGUCUGUAAUAAAGGACAAGCAAAAGCACCAGCUUUAGCUCCAGUAGCUGGUGGACCUGCAUCUACCACUCCAAAUCCAGGAGCAGAAAGCAAUGCUGCAAGCAGCACUAUAUGGACAGGAUCAAUUUCAGGCUUGAUGUUGCUCUUGGCAGGAUUUAUGUUCUUUUAGGAGCAUGUAUUAACGUUCAACAGGAACCCUUUUGUGUAAUUAUAUAUAUGUACGUAGUCAUUGUUUCACAUGUAUGUCGAGUUGUCCAAAAUGUUGAUUGUUCAUUUUUCUCAGAUCCCUCUUUUUAGUUUGUGACAAAUGUUUGAUAAUUUGAAUACAUAUGAGAUUAUAAGAUUGAUCUAUUUUUAUCUA